CCACACUGAACAAAUGACAGUCAAGGACUGACAAUGGGUAGCGGCAUAUCAACAGCCACGAGCCGCAAGUGGCCGGGGCGGAAGCGACAACCUCAUAGUCCUCAGGCCGAGUCCUCACGAGUACUCUUCCUCCUGUACCUCAUUCAUAGGACCUGGAAUGUAGUUGUGGAGCAUGUGGAUUCUAAGAGUGCUAGAUGGCGUGGUUCCCACACAGUCCCCAGUUCGGGCGAGGGUCUGGCCCCGAGGUUCGACUCCGUCAGCCUGGCAGACUCGGACCUGGGAUCCUGUUACUCCAACUGCAGCUGCAGCUACUGCCGGCUCAGGGAGUGCGCCCAUGAUUGUGUCAGUGAACUCACUCUGUUGGAGGGCAUGGCGAACUGCGGAGGCUGGAGCGAAGAGCCCGUCUCUAAGGACAAGCAGCGCCCUCCAAUCUACAAUCCCGAGGACUACGCGACUUCGUUGAAAAAGUGGGGCAAGAAGACCGGCGGGGCGAGCUUGUAUGAUCUAGAGGUCGGACAGGAUGCCAACAAGUCCAGGACCCUGCCCAGCCAGGGUAGUAAGGACUUCAGGAACCCAUGCCUGGGCGUGGGUGAGGAGAUGACACUCCGUCAGUUCGGCACUCCCAGUGAGCUGCUCACCAAACUCAGAGCUGAUCUCCGCCUGUCGUUUCCAAGUUUCGUCCAAGAGUUCUCGUGCGAGCCGCUAGAUGGCGUGACGCUGUUACUCGAACUCCUGCGCAACGUGCAGCUCAGCCAAUCAGGAGAGGGCGCGAGGGGACCGCCCGCUGUUAGGAGAAGACCACUGCUGGAUGAGUUGGCUUGUUUGCAAUGCCUAUGGAGCUGCUGUAGCCGCUACCCUGACUGCGUGCGGAGGCUGGUGUCUGGCUCCAACGGAGUGUACACCCUCACCGUCUGCAUCAUGUCUACAGUUAACAAGUCCAGGGUUCUGGCUUUGCAGCUCCUAACAAAAGCCUGCUACCCUCCAGCGAAAGGCCACAGCAUGGUUUCCGAAGCUCUCUCCACGCUCCGUCUCCGCUACGGAGAACCAGUUCGCUUCAGAUUCUUGGUAGGAAUGCUGCAGAGCUCUGGAGGUUCGGGAGACCUGCAGGCAGCUGGCCUGGCCUUCAUCAAUGCACUGUUGAGCAGUGCUCCUACUCCUCAGAGGAAGCUGUAUAUUCAAGCUGAGUUGGAACAGGCUGGAUUUGAUAUUGUUACUUUAAAAAAGAUGGUAGCCAAGCUGCCAAGCGCGAACGACCAAGUGACAAGAGAGAUAGACGAUUACGAGAGACAGCUGAUAGACAUCGACACGCUGAGCGAGAAGGCGAACGAGGCGCAGAGAGAGAAGGACGAUUUGAGGCACAAGCUUGAACUGCUUGAGAAGAGAGUCAAGAUUCUUCAAGAAGAAAAAGGGAUCCUGUUAUCAUUAGAGAAAUGCUUGAAGGAGAAGUGUUGCGAACUUCAGGAGGAGGUGUCUUCACUACGAUCAGAACAUGGCAACUCCAACAGGAAGAAACCAUUCGCCAUCAAGAAAAAAAAUUCUGUUCAUAAAAAUAGAGACGAAUCAUCACCACCAGAAGAUGAAGGUAUCAGUUCCUCAGAGAGAUCUCUAAGUCCCGAAGGUGAUCCUCCACGAGACUCCAUGGUCUACGAAGUUUUCAAAAACGAAACAUACGACAUAAUGCGAAACAAACGUCCGUUGCAUAAAAAACUAGAAUCCAAGAAGAAUGAAAAGAAAUCCUCAGACGAGGAAGAAGAAACGACAAUUGAUGAAGUUAUUCAAGAAUUAAGGAAUAUUGUCAAUCACGCUGAAUCGGAACAGUACGCUAAAGAUUUCAUUGAUGACCGUUCAUCCAGAUGCAAUCAAACUUCAGAAAUUAACGUACCAAUAAACGCUCUAGAAUGCAAAAAGAACAGAGAUGAAAAAGAAGAUUCUAUUACUAGCACUAGACACAGUAUACAGAUAAAAGGAAAAGAGGAUUUCCCAGACGAUAGUGUUGAAGAAGACCAAGAAUCUGAGAUUAUUCCAAGCAAAAUAGUCCCACACCCACCUAGAAAGGCCAAAAGCCUGUUACACUUAUUUGUCCCACCUGUAGUAGACCAAGGAUUGGUAUACAAGCCUCCCGAUCUCUACGACGAUAACUUCUACUCUAGUGACGAAGGAUCUGAUUCUUUACUAAGCGCUUCAAAAUAUACUAAGCCCGUCGCUAAAAAACCUUCUGUCUCCAGCUUCGAUUUCAACGAAUGCAGAGCUGUUUUCAACUCUAUUACAGAUAGGAUUAAGGAUGAGAGUAGAACGAAGCGUUCCAGAACUCGUUCUAGAGAAGAAAGCAGGAGAACGUCUAUAAAACGAAGCGAGUCAUUCCAAACUUCUGAGAAAGGAUCCCGACAGCGCGAGUAUAUUGAUAGUAUGUUUUACGCAGAAACUCCUGCGCCGAUAGUCGGGUCAACGACUCAGUUGCAUAGAUCUAAUUCUAAAUGCAGUCGGGUAGACGAAAUAGUCAACCUUAUUGAGUCUAAAAAACUCACUAAAAGCUUAGACAGGAUCGACGAGGGACUGAACUCAAUGGUGGAUAUUGUCAUGCUGUCCGAACCACGUAAACCCGCAUGGCCAUACGAGAGAAGACAAAGAUCUUGUUCUAGAACAAGCAGCGAUGGUGGAAACGAGACUCCUUUGAUCCCGGUAACCAGAUCCAACAGCAAACUGAACAACAUGAGCCGCUACGAUUCAAAAUCUAGCCACAAAGACGAAACCACCAAAACAGAGUCCCCAAAAUUCUUCAUGAACCAGUCUAAGUUGAACCCUGGCCUUGACUCCCAAACUGGCUUUAAUAGCUCCACGUUUUUGGUGAAACGUGGUCACAGCAACGCUGGCUUUUACUCCGGGCCUCACAUGUUAAGGGAUGCUCCUGCCAGCAUGACUAGUCUUGUCAUCAAUGGUACACACAGCCACGCAGAUUUGAAAAGAACCUUAUCGCCCAUUGGUUCAAAUUCCAGCAAGUUUGGCAAUCACAAAGUGACAGACAUGCCUUCUGGGUUGUACUAAAAGGUGCUUCUACUAUACGUUUUCGGAACCAACGACUAAUUUAAGUGUUUCGUACCUAAUUAUAUGACUAGUGCAAUAUAGCCCUUUAGGAAUACUUAACGUGUUAGUGAAAAUCAGUUUUUGGAAGGUCUGAUUAAAUUGAAAAUAUAUUUGUUUUGUAUCUUGUAACGAUAUUAGGGUCUUAAAAAUGCAAAGACAAGAAAAAUAUAUUUCUGCAAAUUCAAGAGUUAAUAUUUAUGUCGUGUCAAAACUCUUUGAAUUAAUUGUUUGUGGCCUUUCAAAACUGAAAGAGUAAAGCUCAUCUACUUAUUUAUUUUUAGAUAUUUAGCGUUUAAUUAUUACGUAUCUUGGUAAUUUUGUUUUUUAGCAAAAUUUGCUUAAGAUCACCAUGUCACUGCUGCCAGUUUAUUACCUACUUAUUAUUUUAUUUUAAAAAAGAAUUUCAAAACUCUGCAUUUAAAUUAUACAACUGUCUAUUGGUCUUCUUGAAACACCAAUCACGAGUUGCUAUUUUUGUUCGAUAUUUAAAAUAUUUUGACAGUGCAGAGUUCCACUACGACUGUUUACCUCAAUUUUAAGUACUUUUAAGUUCCUUCAAAUUAAAAUCUGUUGCUUGGUCUACUGAAAUUACUUUAUUUACUCGUUGUAAAUAAGUCUGUUUAUCAAUUCGAAAUGUAGCAUUUUCUUGUAUUUACAUUAUUGAUGUAAUAAAAACAUGUAUGUAAGCAUA